AUGGCGCGACGACGUACUAAGAAGCGUACACAUGUGGGUGCCCGCAAUGGGCCCUCAAAUGGAGUUACCGCCAACUCAUCAGCUACCAGAGAGCCACGGAGCAUGGUCAUAAGGAUCGGAGCAGGAGAAGUUGGACCCAGAGUCAGCCAGCUAGUGAAGGAUGUCCGUUCUGUGAUGGAACCGGGUACGGCCAGUCGUCUGAAAGAGAGGCGUUCAAACAGACUACGAGACUAUACUGCUAUGGCUGGUCCGUUGGGUGUAUCUCAUCUCUUACUCUUCUCCCGCUCUGCAACCGGAAAUACAAAUCUCCGCCUUGCACUCACACCUCGAGGACCUACACUACAUUUUCGAGUCGAGCAGUACGCGCUCUGUAAGGAUGUGCAAAAGGCACAAAAACGCCCACAAGGUGGUGGCAAAGAAUACCUCACGGCGCCUUUGCUAGUCAUGAACAACUUCAUCUCGCCUACAGCCGAUGGUAUACAGCCUACGGUACCAAAACACCUCGAAUCUUUAACAACUACAAUAUUUCAAUCUCUAUUACCGCCUAUAUCACCCCAGUCAACUCCUUUAUCUUCCAUCCGCCGCGUCCUCUUGCUAAAUCGCGAGAUAUCAAAAGCGUCGCCUACUUCGAAUACCCCAAAAUCUGAAUCAAGAGAAGACGGCGCUUAUGUUCUCAAUCUUCGCCACUAUGCUAUCACAACCCGCCGUACUGGUCUCUCACGGGGCAUCAAGCGUUUGAACGCUGCAGAGAAAAUGCUUAAGCAAAACACGAAGAGCAAGCGAGGGCUUCCCAAUCUAGGCAAGCUGGAAGAUGUCGCGGAUUACCUGCUUGACCCCUCAGCCGCAGGUGGUGGCUUCACAUCUGGCAGCGAGACUGAGGUGGAGACGGAUGCCGAGGUUGAGGUAUUGGAAACGAGUACGAGGAAGGUGCUGAGCAAGAAACAAAUGGCGGCGUUGCGGAAAAGUAACGGCGACCGGAAACCACAUUCAAUGGGACGACCGAACGUAGAGAAGCGAGCUGUAAAGCUUGUCGAGCUCGGUCCACGGAUGAAAUUACGCAUGACGAAGGUCGAGGAGGGCGUGUGUGAAGGCAAAGUAAUGUGGCAUGAAUCCAUCGAGAAGACGGCUGAGGAGAUCAAAGAAAUGGAGAAGGUCUGGGAUACAAGGAGAAGGGAGAAAGCAGAGCGGAAGAGGGUGCAGAAGGAGAACGUUUUGAGGAAGAGAAAUGAAAAAGGAGCGAGAAAAAAGAGAGCGGGUGGGGAGGAUAAGGAUGUGAAAGAUGGAGAAGAGGAAGAUGUGAGUGAGGAAGAGGACGUGGACAUGUACGAGGAUGAGUGGGAUAGUGAAGGUCUAGAAGGGGACGAAGAACUGGAAGUCAAUGACGGAGACGAGGGUGGAGUUGCCAUUGGUUGA